UACACUUUUAAUUGGUGCUCUGUUGCUCGCUUUUAUUCGAUCCAGACAUAAACGACAACGCCAAAAUGCGCUUGCUACAGCGAUUAUAGCUGCUGAAGCUGCUCUCGAUGAUAAUGGCGUUCGAGUUGAACCUUCUACC